AUGUCGACAGAAAUGUAUAGUCUGCCAGGUCCAUCGACGAGCUCUCUCCCUCCCUACUCCAAAACUGCCCCGCCACCGCAUUAUUCUUGCGACCCCUCACAAGGCGAGCGACGGGUUGAACAUUCGCCUCGUUCCGGACCUCGUGUCCCAAGUGGCACAUUCAUUAAAAAGCGAGGUAGCCUAACCGUCGUUCUGACGGAACAGGAGGAAGACACCACCUCUCCGGUAUACGGUCGCGAAGCUGCUAUACACGGUGCAUUACUCCUCGAGAAGAUCGACGCGAUUCUACGAGUUCAAAUUAAAAUUGAAGGCAAGCUAGACGUGAUGACUUCAGAAGGUGGCGCAAGGUCACUUGUGAUUGUUGACGACAUGGAGACCCUAUGGACAUUCGACCGAACGAAGAACGAGUCAUCGACAAAUCAUAUCCUCUGCCACCCAGUUACAGAGCUUCUUUUCCCGGAAGCACCAGGGCUACAUGUCACGUCUUUGUAUACACUAGUCGUUCAAGUCACUUCUAUCCGCCAUCCUAAAUUUGGUCUUUUCGCCAAGACAAAAACUCUCCGCAUCCCGAUAACCUAUGCCCCACGGACACGGCCGAAUCGUCCCACACUAUCAAUACCUCUCUUUUACAGCACCAAAAGCCGAGCGACCAUAGCACCAAUAGAGUCUAACUUAUUUAUACCGUCCGUGCAAAUCUUCUCCUUCUCCGACAUCAUUCCCUUCCACGUCCAACUCAGCGGCCCUCUAUCAUCUCUGCGUCAGUUCUUCCCUGAGGUCCCAUCCUCAGUACGCGAGCUUGGAGGAACACGACUAUCGGGGAGGGAAAGACUACGUCCGGUGCCACCGGCUUCACACUCGCAGUCUGGCAACUCCCAAGAGGAAAGUCUUGAUUGGGAGGGUGAAGUGCAGUGUUUACCGAGCGUCAAUGUCGGUGGGUUCUCUACCUCGGGUGCUGCAGUGAAGGAUUUCAUUGUCGUGACACUGACCCCGCCGACUGAACUCACCAUUCCUUCCUACGAUCAACUCCAUUCCUAUACGUUUGGUAACGGAUACUUGGAUUGA